AUGUCGAUCUCAGAUUCUGUGCUCGAGCGGCAACACAUUUAAACGUUUGAUUGAAGAUCAACGUCGAGUGCAACGAGGGAUUUGAUUUUGUUCCAAGCUUUCAAAUUAGGGUUUCGAGCUCUGUAAUUGCCACAGUUUUCGUCUUUAUACGUACUCAUCAUGCCGCGGAGUUCUCGACACAAAUCUCACAAGCAACAUAAGCACAGUUCUAAAGAUGCCAGAGAAUACUCGGACUCUGAAGAGGAUGGGAAUUUGAAAGAUAGGAAGGGUAGGGAACAAGCUGCUGUUAGGGUUUCUAGGGACUCAACGUCUGGUGAGAAACGGAAACUUGCUUCGCAGUCGCAGGACGGUAAAGAUCUGUUUGCUCCUGGUAAUGGUGAUUUAUCAGACGAUUACGUCUCAUCGAAGAGACGAAAGGAUAGAGCCGAUGUGACUGUCACUGAUCGGUGGAACGGUGGCGAGGGAGAGCGAGGAGAAAGUGUAGUCAGGCAUAAGGAGAUGAAAGGGGAUGGUUUGCGGCCUGAGCUAGAGAAAGUCCCAAAGUCAAAGGUUUCAGUUGAUUCGAAGAGUAAGUCUAGCAGAAGGAAUGACAGUUUGAGUGAUAGGAAGGAUGAGAUGGUGGGUGUUGCAGUGGAGAGAGAGGAAGUGAAAAAGAGUAGUAAUAAGGUUGAGUCAAAGCUCAAAUCGGAAAAGGAUUCUGGUCGCAAAGAGGUUUAUCAGUUCAAGGAUGUAAAGGAGAAGGAACGAGUGGCAGAGAAAGAUAGAAAGGUUCAGGAUGGUAGACGUGAGAAAUCAAUUGACACCGUGGUAGUGAGUGAAGUAAGUAGGAAGCAUGGAUCUCAAUCUGGUAGUUUUGAAGAAGAACACCCAAUAAAGCGAGAAGUAGAAAAUACGGAGUGGCAAAUUCAAGAUGAACUGCGGAAUCUUGAACUCGAGAAAGAACUUGAGAAACGGAUCAGGCGGAGGAGAGACAGCUCUUGUGACAAGGAUAAAUAUCAAGAUAAUAUAAGGGAUAGUAGUGAUAGACGAUUGUCUUCCAGAGAUGAUAAUGCCAAGAAUGUAAAAUAUAAAGAUGAAACACAUAAAGAUGUGAGGUAUAGAGAUAAGUACCAUGAAGAACCAGAUAGGGAUCGCAGGCACCGAGAUGAUAAGCACAGAGAUGAGCGUUCCACUAGAGAUCAAACUAACAACAGGUCUGAUCCUAAGCAUUUGAGGGAUGACAGCGAUCGUCAUAAGAAAUCUAAGCCUUAUGACAGCGAUCAUGGUGGCAGUACACACCUUGAUGAUCGGGGAUCCAGGUAUAAAGAUAGCCAGGGGAAGAAGAGAUCUUGUGAUGAGAAUGAGGACCAUACUGAUGUUAAGUCUCGUAGUUCCAAGGAGCACCGUUCUGUUGUGGAGAAGAAAUCGAGCGGUAGUAGAGCAGAGUCAAUUGCUGAUGGGGGAAGGUCCCAAUCACGCCAUGUUGAUGACUCCCCUGUGACCAAUAAUAGACGGAAGAGCUCCCCAAGCUCCAGUGCUCAUGGUGCCAAAGAUCAAUAUAGGAAUAGCUCUAAGCAAACAGAUUCAAGGUGUAGAGACUCUGAAGAAAGAUUGCGGCCAACUGUCAGAACUUCCAUAAGGGAUGUCAGCAGUGGCUCUGCAGUGCAGGAAAGAACGUUUGAGGCUAGGUCCUUGGACAAGAAGGAUGAUAACCAUUUGGGUGAGCCAUUGAGUGAAAGGUCCCCAAGAUCAGAUCACCAGGUCUCACCUAUGCUCUUAAUGGAGAAAUCUCCAUCAUCGACAAGUGUGGACCGUAGAUACUCAGACAGAACUGGUGCAAGGAGGAGCUUAGAUGUUGAAGAUACUGGACGUAGGAGUUCUGGUUCGAAGGAUGCAAGGGAUUAUUCCACUAAUGAAGAAAGGGGGAGCCGUGAGUUACCCUUGGAGAAGCCAACAGGUGAGGAGUAUUCUAAGACAGAAGGAGACACAGUAUCUGUUACUUCAUCUUUCAAUAGAACAGGUCACUUGCCCAGCAGCUCAUCAUCUAUUCUUCCUCCACCACCUCCAGUCAGGGCUGGGGUUGACAGCCCUUCAGUUUUGGGCUCAUCUGAAGAAGAGAAUAGAGGUAAAUCUACUAACCGCUUCAAGAGAAGUGGUGAACCAAGUGUGGGGCGAGGCCAGGGAAAUGCCUGGAAGGGUGUCACAAAUUGGUCUUCACCAGUAGCAAACGGCUACAUUCCUUUUCCACAUGGUCCACCUCCGGGAGGUUUUCAUCCAGUUAUGCAGCAGUUUCCUGCUUCACCUAUUUUUGGUGUUAGACCUUCGAUGGAAUUAAACCAUGCAGGGCUUCCUUACCAUAUCCAUGAUGCGGACAGGUUUUCUGGUCAUGGGCGCCCAUUUGGGUGGCGGAAUCCAGCUGAUGAGUCUUGUCCACCCCAUUUGCGUGGAUGGGAUGUAAAUACUGGUGCCUUGGGGAAUGAUCCCCAUAUGUAUGGCAGACCAGAUUGGGAUCAGAGUAGACACCUGAUGAGUGGUGGUGCUGACAUGUGGAAAGGGCAAAAUGGUAACAUAAAUAUGGAGUUCUCCACUGCAUCCCAGAAAGAGGAUUAUAUCCCACAUGCCCCAGCUGAAGAAAUUUGGGCUGGGCAGCCAGGCCAGCGGUUUCGGAAUGAGCGGAACCGUCCUGGUCCUCGUGCUGAAAGCAUUGAGAUAAAGAGAACCAGCAGCACUCCUCCACCAAAGGACACUGUCAAAGCCCCUCCAAAAACUAUUAAUGAGAAGAUUCCUGAGCCUUGUAAAAUAUCAAGUGAUGAUGGUGCUUGUUUUUGCCAUGUUUAUCUUGCAAAGUUGGACAUUUCAGCAGAUCUUACCCAUCCGGAGUUGUAUGACCGGUGUAUGUGCUUACUGGAUGUUGAAGAGAAGACUACAAAUAGUGAGGAUGCUACCAAACAUGUGCACCAAGAUCUGGAGGUGGGUGCAGGGGUGAAUUUUUAUAGUACCAGCUUGAGUGCUUCCCUUUUCCCUGCAAUAAAGGAUUCUGUUUUUCAGAGAGCCAUGGCCCUCUACAAGGAGAGUGGAGAGAUGAGAGCCAAAGUAAAUGCUUUGUGGUCUCCGGACUCAGAACCACCGAAGGUGCAUAUUUCCUUUCGUGAGGAACUGGAACAUUUUCCAAUUUCCAGUGAGGAGGUGAAAGGUCCUAUUUCAGCUUCUAAUCAGGAGGAAAUUGAGGGCCCAGUUCCAGCUUCCAAAGAAUGGGAAGCAAAGGAUUCGUUUCCAGCUUCCAAACAGGAGAAGGUGGAGGUACUACUUCCAACUUCCAUCGAGGAAAAGUUUAAUGAGACACAGGUUUCGGUUUCAGCUCUUGCUGGCGAGAACAGAGAGGAUCCGGAACCAAUCCCUGGUGAGGGUAAAUCUGAGGAAAUGUUUCCAAAAUCUAAUCAUGACGAAGUAGAGAUAGUUGGAAGUACGUAUCAGGAGGAAUCAGAAGCAGUAGGGGAUCACUUCUCUUCCCUUGAAAAUGCUUCACAGGUUACCAGAAAAGAUGAUGACAUGAAUGAUGCCAGUAGUGCUAGAGUCGAUCCUCAUGCCAAUAGUGCUGAGGAAAGGCAGAGUUUUGGUGAUCUUAUAUGUGGUCCUGUAGGUUUUUCUCACAGUUCUGAGGCUUGUGAGGCUUUGAUGCCAGAAUCAAUUGAGUGUGGGUUGGUAAAUUUAAGUCGGAUACAUCAUUCUCCUGAAAGUACACAUUGAGACAAUUUCUAUUCCAUAUGUUUUGGGAAUGCCAAUAUCUUAGAAAUCAUUCAAUUUCUUUC